UCCUCUCUCUCUCUCUCUUUCUAUAACACCUUCCUUUCUCCCAAAUCACUCCCCGUUGUCCCAAAUUCAAUUUCACAUUAACGAAUGAUGAUUCAUGAUUAUAUAUACAUACAACUCCUCCCAUUUCAAUUGACUUCCAUUUCUUGAUCUUGUUUUGCCAAAAUCUUGGAAAAGCUUCAUCUCUCUCUCUCUCUCUCUCUCUCUCUCUCUCUCUCUCUCUAUAUAUAUACAUACAUGCAGAAGAGAGAGAACCCCAUGUCUCCAAGCAAGAGCAGCAUCCACCAUGGAAAUUCUAGUGUUUCACCAGCAGAGAAUGGUUUUGGUGACAGUUUCUCACAAUUAAGCUCAGAAAGAGCUGUCGAGGAACUUAUUCAACAGCCUCUUGUUCAGGGAAUUGAUGAUCAUCUCAUUGAGUUCUCCGAGGCUUUGAGAACUGUUGCAAAGGCAUUGCGUAGAGUUACUGAAGGAAAGGCUUCUGCUCAAGCUGAGGCUGCUGAAUGGAAGCGUAAAUAUGAAUUGGAGAGGGCACGUAAUAUGCAUUUGGAGAACCAAGUGCUGUCAUCUGGAGGGCAUUGCAGUGAGUUAAAUGAUGAGAGAGCAGAAACUUUGGCAGACCGAACUGUGUUGUCCAAUGAAACUAGGGAACAAUGUGAGUUGUAUAGUGGAAAAGAUGAUAUUUGUGCUCACGAGGUUCUUCAAGAUGGUGAACCUGAUUCUGACUCAGGUGAAGUCCAGAAUAGAAUGAUGAGGAAGGCAUCAUUUAAACUAUCAUGGUGUUGCAAAGGCGAAAAAAGUGAUCGACACAAACAUGACAUUGUCUCUUUUGAAAAGGGCAAUAUAACAACUGCAGAACGUAGCAGUAAACAGAUUUCUUUGAAGUGGGAAUCUCCCCCAAGCACUGUGCUUAUAUUGACCAAGCCCAAUUCAACUUCUGUACGAAUUCUGUGUUUCGAAAUGGUCAGAUGGUUAAAAGAGCAGAAAAAGUUAAAUAUCUUUGUGGAGCCACAAGUUAAAGCUGAACUUUUGACAGAGUCAUCGUACUACAACUUUGUACAAACCUGGCAAGAUGACAAGGAAAUGCUGCUUCUGCAUAUGAAAGUUGACCUUGUUGUGACUCUGGGUGGAGACGGAACCGUUCUUUGGGCUGCAUCGAGGUUCAAAGGGCCAGUUCCUCCCGUCGUCCCAUUCUCUUUAGGUUCACUUGGCUUCAUGACCCCAUUCCAUAGUGAGCAUUACCGCGAAUAUCUUAAUUCUAUCCUUCGCGGUCCCAUUAGUAUUACGUUAAGACAUCGAUUGCAGUGCCUUAUCAUUCGGGAUUCAGCUAAAAGUGAAUACGAGAGUGAAGGACCAAUGCUUGUCCUGAACGAGGUUACAAUUGACCGUGGAAUUUCAUCCUUCCUCACAAAUCUGGAAUGCUAUUGUGACAACUCUUUUGUUACUAUUGUACAAGGAGAUGGUUUAAUAUUAUCAACGCCGUCUGGGAGCACGGCAUAUUCCCUGGCUGCUGGAGGAUCAAUGGUUCAUCCUCAGGUUCCGGGCAUCCUGUUUACACCAAUCUGCCCACACUCACUAUCCUUUCGGCCUUUGAUUUUGCCCGAGCACGUGACUGUUCGAGUAGUAGUACCCUUCAAUAGCAGAAGUCAUGCUUGGGUAUCAUUUGAUGGGAAGGACCGGAAACAAUUGGGACCAGGCGACGCACUUGUGUGCAGCAUGGCAACUUGGCCCGUUCCAACCGCGUGUCAAGUUGAUUCGACUAGUGACUUUCUACGCAGCAUCCAUGACGGUCUUCAUUGGAAUUUGAGGAAGACUCAGUCGUUUGAUGGCCCACGCGAUCCGUGAAGAGCAAAUUUUCUUCCUUAAAUUUAGAAAAUCAAAUUUCUAUGGAAUCCAUUUCUCUCCCCAAGUAUCACGGAGUUCUCCAAAUAGGUGCUUCAUUAUGUUUCAAGUAUUUGAUGCAUAGGUUCUUGACGUUUGUAGAUUAACCGAACAAUCACUGUGCCAGAAAUGGACGAAAUUGGAAAAGCAAUUCUCUCGGUUGAAUAUAGAAGAAGUAAUUGGAUAAAUUUAAUUAUAGUUU